UACUUGGUUGAAACCCUACUUAAGUAGCCUUAUAAAAAGGAGAUAAUUAGAAGAGACGCAGCAGCAGCUAAAACUUAUCAGAGAGCAGCCAUAAUUAUCCGAGGAGUUGCAUUCUUCAGCUUCCUAUAGAUUAACCUCAAAUUAUUUUUAGGGUUUGUUUUUUUUUUUUCUUGGUUUCAGCCGGCCAUGGAUUAUCCAGAUGAUGAUGACAUAAUCUAUAUCGAAUCAGACGAAGAAGAGAAUCUUCCCAGCGAUGACGAAGAGAAUCUUCCCAGCGAUGACGAAGAGAAUCUUCUCAGCGAUGAUGAAGAUAAAGACUACGCUGUAUUCGCCGAGGAAGAGAUAAAACGAGCAUCGAAAAGUUACGUAGUUCUCAAGGAAGAACACAUCCACAAGCGUCAAAGAGACGAUAUCGAACGAGUUUUUACCGUUCUCUCUAUCAGCCAAGCCGAAGCAAUCGCUCUGCUUCUUCACCAUCGUUGGAGUGUUAGUAAAGUCCAAGAUGAAUGGUUUAAAGACGAGGAUAGAAUCCGUGAAACCGUUGGUAUACUCAAGGAGCCUAUCGUUGAUGUUAAUGGUGGAAAUGUCGAAUGUGGGAUUUGCUUCGAAUCAUACCCUCCAGGAGAGAUCGAAAGGGUUUCUUGUGGUCAUCCUUAUUGCAAGACUUGCUGGACUGGUUACAUCACUACCAAAAUCGAAGACGGUUCUGGAUGUUUGAGAAUUGUAUGUCCUGAGCCUUCUUGUCCUGCUGCUGUUGGUCAAGAUUUGAUCGAUAAGGUCGCUGAGAAGGAAGACAAGGACAAGUAUAAUAGAUAUUUACUCAGGUCUUACGUCGAAGAAGGGAAGAAGAUUAAAUGGUGUCCAUCACCGGGAUGCGAAUACGCUGUUGAUUUUCAUGGAAGUAGUACUAGUAACGAUGUUUCUUGUCUGUGUUCCUUUAGGUUUUGCUAUAACUGCUGUGAAGACGCUCACACUCCCGUGGACUGUGACACGGUGGAGAAGUGGUUACUAAAGAACAGAGAUGAGUCCGAGAACACGAAUUGGAUACUUGCUAAGACAAAGCCUUGUCCUAAAUGCAAGCGUCUGAUCGAGAAGAACAAUGGAUGUAACCAUAUGUCAUGCACAGCUCCGUGUCAUUUACAUUUUUGUUGGGCUUGCCUUGAACCAUUGGCAGGUCACAAGGCUUGCAAUGGGUUUAAAGCAGAAACUCAGGAUGAAACUAAGAGAAAAAGGGCUAAAGAUGCCAUCGACAAAUACACACAUUAUUAUGAAAGAUGGGAAUUCAAUCAAUCGUCCAGGCUCCAGGCUGCAAGUGAUUUGGAGAAAUGGGAAUCCAUGGGGAUUAAGGAGCUCAGUAUAAUAUUAGGCACACCAGAGACUCAGCUCCAAUUCACCGUAGAGGCAUGGCUUCAAAUCAUCGAAUGUAGGAGGGUCUUGAAAUGGACCUAUGCAUAUGGAUACUACCUACUUAAUCAUGAACCCAACAAGCGAGGAUUUUUCGAGUAUUUGCAAGGGGAAGCGGAAACUGGUUUGGAGAGACUUCACCAAUGUGCAGAGGAAGAGUUGAAACAGUUUAUCUGUAAAAGCAAAGACCCGCGGCAAGAUAUUAUAAAGUUCCAGGUGAAACUGAUUAGUUUGAAUAGAGCAACCAAAACCUACUUCGAAAAUCUGGUGAAAGCUUUGGAGAAUGGUCUUGUUGAUGUCACACACAAUGAAACCCAACCCACAAAAGAAUAUGAAUCUCUUAGCAAAACUAUCAAGAGACGCAAGACCCUCGCCACCGCCAGAAAUGUUUAGCAACUUGGAAAUAUUUUUUAUGUGACUUGUGUGUUUGCUGAGAAAGAAAGACCGUAGGGGUUUUAUUUGUUUAGUAUUAAGGUAGUGAAACCUUGGUACUUAUUUUGGCUUUUGAAUCUUCUUGAUUGCUUGAUGUCUUGCAAUUUUGUUGAUUUCCAUAAAUUGUAAAGUCUCGUUCUGAAGAA